GCCGCCGCCGCCCCGAUGAGCUCGUACUUCGUGAACCCGCUGUACUCCAAGUACAAGGCGGCGGCCGCGGCGGCGGCGGCUGCGGCGGGCGAGGCCAUCAAUUCCACUUACUACGACUGUCACUUUGCGCCCGAGGUCGGCGGCCGCCACGCCGCCGCCGCCGCCGCCUUGCAGCUCUAUGGCAACAGCGCCGCCGGCUUCCCGCACGCGCCCCCGCAGGCGCACGCGCACCCGCACCCGUCGCCGCCGCCCGUAGGGCCGGGUUGCGGUGGUGGGGGCGGCCCGGGCCCUGGCCAGGACUACUUCCACCCUGGAGGGGGCAGCCCGGCCGCAGCCUACCAGGCCGCCCCCCCUCCUCCGCCGCCGCCUCCCCCCUGCGGCGGGAUUGCCUGUCACGGGGAGCCCGCGAAGUUUUACGGAUACGAUAACUUACAGAGACAGCCGAUUUUUACGACCCAGCAAGAGGCCGAGCUGGUACAAUAUCCUGACUGUAAAUCGUCCAGUGGUAAUAUUGGCGAGGACCCAGACCACUUAAAUCAGAGCUCGUCUCCUUCUCAAAUGUUUCCCUGGAUGAGACCACAAGCAGCUCCUGGUAGACGGAGAGGAAGACAAACCUACAGUCGCUUCCAAACCCUAGAGCUGGAAAAGGAAUUCCUUUUUAACCCUUAUCUAACCAGGAAGAGAAGAAUCGAAGUUUCCCAUGCCUUAGCCCUCACCGAGAGACAGGUAAAAAUUUGGUUCCAGAAUAGGAGAAUGAAAUGGAAAAAAGAGAACAACAAGGACAAAUUCCCGGUCUCCCGACAGGAGGCGAAGGAUGGGGAAACCAAAAAGGAAGUCCAAGAGCUGGAGGAAGACCAAGCUGAAGGCCCGACAAAUUAACUUCUACCUUUAAAAUUUUACCGCAGACUGUUAAAACUAAUGAUCAGCAUAUGCUGGUGGACACCGCCUAUUUUCUUUGUUGGAAAGGACUUUACCUGUAUUUCAAGCUACCUUCGUGUCACUGCUCUUGAGGUUUCUGCGCUUUGAGAGGGAUUUGGGUGUUAAAAAAAUAAAGUUUCUAGUGUCGCAUGGGAACAGCCCUUGAGCUGUCCUAUAUAAGAGUAAUUUGAUACUGACCUUGUAGUUAUAUUUUUAUAAUGGUAGUUUUUAAUGUCUGAACUGGUGAUUUGCCUCAACAACAUAAACUUCCUAAUGAUUAGCACUAAAUAAUUGAAUAUAAAAUGCUUUAUUAAUCAAACAAGUGCACUUGAACAUUUUAAAUCUUCUUUAUGGUGAGUAAAUUAAAAGAAGUCUAUUAAUUUUUUAAAAAUUAUGCCUGCAGAAUAUUUACUUUAUAUUAUUUGAUUAAAAUUUAUUAUUUAUGGUUUUCCUUUCUGCUUUUAUGAUGAAUGGUUCGGGUGCCUUUUGUUUACUCCUAAAAGUUUGAGCAUUUUGUACAUGUAAUAUCUCUGGGAAAAAGUCUGGGCCAAAUAUUCGAAAAGCACAUGUUAGCUGAAGAGUGUAAUGUGUAGUCUUGGCUCUGCAGCUUUUUUAAACUUGGGGAAGAUGUUGGGCCAGUGACAGAAGUUUCAGGACAAUGUCGAAGAUGACAUUUAAUAAUUUUUCUAUAGUUUAUACAAAUUAUGGCAAUUUAAUCAUCUAGAGUGAAUGAAUACUUGAAAAACAAAUUCCAACAUUUUCACUCAUAUACUUUUUACCCUGGCAAGUUGCCUUGUGGAAUGCCUCUCGUUUCUGAACUUGCUUUUGUUUUGAACCGCGCUUGGUAUAGCCUGAAAUUGCUAGGUCUCUAUGCUGUGGCCGCCGUUGUGAUUCUGCUUUUUUAAAGAGGUGCCAUAUUUAUUUGUAUUCUCUUUGCUCUAUUUGCACGCCCAUUGUGAGCCAACUUGCUGUGCACAUCUCAGAUGUCGAUUGGUACGUCCUCUGCUGUUCGCCAGGUUGGCCUCACCUAUUUGAAACAGGCCCUGAGAGCAAACGCAGAAAAAUCCGAGUGUAAACAACAGCUCCAAAACAUAGCUAGCUCCUUAAUAAAAGAAAUGAAUCUUU